UGGGGCCAUCAUGCACUGUCAAACGGUCAACAAUCGUAUAAGUGCCCAAUAUGUUUGGCUGAAAGCGAAAGAGUUAUACAGUUGACCAUGGGUAUGGAAUCGUCAUUUCAUUUGGAUUCUGGCAAUCUAGACUAUGCAUUUAACCCUUGUGGUCAUGUAGCUAGCUUGAAUACUGUGAGUAGGGCUUUACUCGCUGCUUCCAGAUUCUGGUCUCGAAUUCCACUGCCUCAUGGCACAAACAGCUUUCAUCCCGUGUGCCCGUUUUGUACAACGCUUCUCGCUACCGAGAAGCCUUACGUGCGGCUUAUCUUUCAGGACCACCUAUUCGAUAAUUAA